GUUCCUCUUUCUCUCUACUCUCUGGCGUUAAAGCAAUUUCGGAAAGAAAGAAAAAGGUAUAGUAAUGUGUUCAAACAUAUCUUUAACAACUCUACAGAGUUGGAGAGAACGUCCUCCUUUUUCCUACUCCGUCAAAGUCAAAAACCUCUCCGAACUCGGAAGCUCAACUCUCCACUCUGAUGGCAAAUACCAGUCCCGACGUUUCUCCUCUGGUGAUUACAAGUGGAGACUAAUCAUAUACCCCAAAGGGAAUGACAAGGACAACGGGAGUGGGUUUAUUUCAAUGUACGUGGAAAUAGACAGCACAAGCCUCGUUUCCACAACUCCAACUGAGGUGUAUGCAGACCUCCGGUUUUUUGUCUUUAAUAAAAAGGAAAACAAGUACUUUACUAUUCAAGAUGUGGAAUCAAAGCCCUUCAAUACACUAAGGACGAUGUGGGGAUUUUCGCAAGUGCUUCCGCUUUCAACAUUCAAUGACAAUAAAAACGGAUACCUCUUUGAUGGAGAUCACAGUGAGUUUGGUGUUGAUGUCAUGGUUGCUCCACCUCCAGCCAAGUGGGAAAUCCUCUGUUUAGAUGUGCAGCUUCCUUAUCCCAAGUUCUCUUGGACUGUUAAACAAUUCUCUGAGAUAAAAUCGGAUAUUCACACAUCAAACUCUUUUUCAAUGGGUGGAAUGAAAUGGGCUUUAAAGUUGUAUCCCAAGGGAUACUCUAUAAGAGAUAAUAAAUGGCUAUCCAUUUUUCUCUCUUUAGAUGAUAGUGAAGUUUUAAAGGAAGAUGAGAAGGUUUACGUGAAAGCGAAUUUGAGAGUUCAAAACCCAAGUGGAUCUAAUCACUUAACAAGGGAGCUUAACAGGUGGUGCGAUAUACCAGGCGUAGGUUAUGGUUGGGAUCACAUGGUGUCUAUAGCUGAACUUCGGAAGUCUUACUUGGACAAGGAAGAUACUUUGAUUGUUGAAAUCGAAUUUAAAGUUGUUUCCGCGACUAAAUAUUCUUCCUUUACCUAG